UACAUCUAUAAAAUAUAGUUAUAGCAUAUAAAAUGAUAUACACAUGGGUGCAGGAAUAUUUUUGAUAAAUUGAGCUCAAAAUAUUUUUACACUAAAAGAAAUGAUCUAUUUGUUUACACAACUUUUCUGCUUUUCCUCGUGACCCGACGACGAAUGAGAAACUGGCUUCAGCUUCAUGGCUGUGUUCUGCCGCAGCACGAGGGUCUGCGAUGUGUUACCGUGUUUCAGGAUGACUUCUCCUUACUUCUCUCAGAGCAGAUCCGGGGUCCCCCGGGGUGGAGCUCACACUGGUGGCCGCAGACCCGCCGACUCUCUGGGCUCCAGGCUCAGCCGGAGACGGAGGAACGUGGAUCCGGUCUCCUCCGUGGAGGUGAAGGUGGAGGUGGAGGAGGCGAGGAUCUCUGAGCCAGGACCCUCCUCGGCCCCCUUAUCAGCGGUCGGGUGCCAUGAACUCGUCCAACAGGCCAGUGUGCAACCAAAAACGGAAACAGAUGCUCUCCCGCUGUCUUCACACGGCCGCAGGAGGAGACAAAUUAAGGUGGAAUAUGACGAGGUGAAACCACUGGUGAAGACAGAACACUGGGAACCUCCAGACUGGAAGAAACAAUUAGGUUUCAUUCGCGAGAUGAGGAGCGUUCGAGACGCGCCUGUAGACAACAUGGGAGCAGAGAAAUGCUACGACAGAGAUGCCCCUGCACAUGUGAGAAGGUUCCAGGUGCUGGUGUCACUCAUGCUGUCCAGUCAGACCAAGGACCAGGUGACGGCAGCGGCCAUGCAGAAGCUCCGAGCACACGGCUGCACAGUAGAGAAUAUACUCAGCACUGAUGAUGAGACGCUGGGGAAACUCAUCUACCCUGUCGGCUUCUGGAGGACUAAAGUGAAGUACGUGAAGCUGACGUCAGCCAUGCUGCAGGAAGAGUUUGGAGGGGACAUCCCAAACAGUGUGGAGGGGCUGGUCCGCCUGCCGGGAGUUGGACCUAAGAUGGCUCACCUGGCUAUGGACAUCGCCUGGGACCAGGUGUCUGGAAUAGGCGUGGACACACAUGUGCAUCGUAUCUCUAACAGGCUGUUCUGGCUCAGGAAGCCCUCCAAGAACCCAGAGGGAACACGCAAGGCCCUGGAGGAGUGGUUGCCCAGGGAGCUGUGGAGUGAGAUUAACUGGCUGCUGGUGGGUUUUGGACAGCAGGUCUGUCUUCCCAUCAACCCCCUCUGCUCCGUGUGUCUGAACCAGCACAGCUGUCCCUCUGCCCACAAGAACUCUCCCACCAAGAGGCCUAAAGCUGGAUCGCCACACUCUCCGAGCCCGAAGUUUUCCGUCAAAACUAAAACUGAACCUGAAUUGGAAAGUGCUUUUAAAGAUGAGAGGACUAGGAAGAAGUCCAUGUCUUCACCUGUUUCCCCGACCACACAGAGGAGGCGGCUUAAAACAAAACUGAACCACUGAUUCAGCGCAUAAGUUUUGGUUUCUGUGACCAAACACUGAAAAUAGCAAUAUAAGCUAAACAUCGUGAUUACAGUUUAUUUACCGUUCACAUUAGAUUCAAUAUUUUUGUACUGUUAGUGAUUAGUUUUUUUACCAAAUAAAAGAAGGAAUGUUUGAAAA